AUGUUCCAGAGAAAUAGCCUGCCAUUCAGAUCUCCGGGGGAGGUAUUUUGCAAAGGAUCCAAAGGCGUUCAUGAUCAGAGUGGGAACUCUAAACGUGGGUACGAUGAUGGGAAAGGGAAGAGAGAUAGUAGGAAUGAUGCAGAGGAGGAAGAUAAAGUCUUUGUGUGUGCAAGAACAAGGUGUAAGUGCCAUAAGGCAAAGAUCUUAGCUGAAGGCUAUAAGCUACUUUAUAGUAAUGAAAGCCCAGUAUCAAGAAAUGGAGUUGGAGCUAUUUUGCACAGAGAGCUUCAAGAAGAGGUAUGUGAAGUCAACAGAGUAAAUGAUACGAUCAUGUAUGUUAAGAUGAUGUUUGGCAGAGAAAUUGUAACAGUGCUGACAGCCUAUGCAUCAGAAGCGGGAUGUUCAGAGGACGAGAAGGAAAAAUUUUGGAGAGAUUUGGAUGGAGUAAUGGUCGGAAUACCAGAGAAUGAAAGAGUGAUAGUCGGAGGGGAUCUAAAUGGUCAUGCUGGCGGAAGGAAAGGUGGGGAAGAGAUGUGGCAUGGAUGA